AUGAAAACAACGCUCUUCCUUAUCAUAGUAUGUAUUACUUCUAUGAUUCUUGCGGACUUAUGCCCUGGUACUUCUAUUGAUUCUUCUCCACAAGAUGUAUGCACUGGUUCUUCAGAGUGCAAAACGAGGUUGGGAGCAGUCGGAAAAUGUGUAACUCAACCAUCCAGUGUAUGUGAUUUACUAAUACAACGCUAUUAAUCAUUGAAAUUCAAUUGACCAUUUUCAAUCAAAAUUGAAAAAAAAAACUAUUUUCAGAGCAAUCGUUGUUGUCCGAAUAUAACACAUCCCGAUGAUUUCCAAUCAAACACGAAAUGCAAUAUUUCGAAACGACUUCAUGGUGAAUUAUUAUAUUGCAAAAAUGGAUAUAUCUACCAUGUGGGUGUAACACACUUCAACGCCAACACUAAAAGCUCCAUUUUGUGCACACACACUUCGAAUUGUACGAAAGGAAGUUAUUGUGUUGAUUAUUCGUCAGUUGGUGACCGAUGUUAUGUUAUUGAUCCACCGGAGAAAGAGGAUAACACAAUGCUAAUUAUAAUAAUCGUUGCAGUUGUUGUAUUUUUGAUAGUUGUUGUUGGAAUCGCGGUUGGAUUCUUUGUUUGGCGAAAAUCGAAGAAAGGAAAAGGUCAGAAUAAAAGUUCGGCGGAAAAUGGUCAAAGUGGAAAGAAGGGAAAGGCGAAGAAGGGAUCGAAAGCUUAG